AUUCACCGCAAUCAAGUUUUUUUUUUAGCACCUGUCAAGUUUGCAUGCUCGCAAAUUGAUUGGAGUCGGUGGAAAUUACUUAAUCGAAUGUGUAUGAAAUCUCUUCUCGGUGUAGACUUUCUUUCCAUCAUGCACCCCGAGUGAACUUAACAUUGCAGCAAGAGUCAUGUCUCAAAACACGUAUAACUCGAACGGAAAGCCGUCCAAACACGAGCAAGCAGACCAGGACGAACGCCUGACCAACAGACACAUUCAAACUCUCAGUUUUCUGCAGGACGUUGCUAGGGAAAACAAGGAAUUAAAAGCACGCGUUGACGAACUGGAGGCUGAGCUGAGUCAAUGCAGCGAUCUGCACGCCCUGGGCAGGGAAACCAAGCAACGCAUCCAGAGACUUCAGGAUGACUUCAACAGGCGUCUGGACCACAACAACAAGACGCUGACGCAGAAACACAAGGAUGAGAUUAUGCGGUUAGUGUCCUCAAAACUGGAGGCAGAAACGCAAUGGCUUCAAGAUCGGGAACAGCUGGAAGCUCUGAUUCGCGCUCACGAAGAGAAGAACGCUAAACUGACGGACCAGUUGGACCAGUUGAAGAAGCACGACCUCAAACUGGACGUUCUGAACCAGCAGCUUGACAAAACCAUCACCCAGGUUUUGGAACUGAAGACAGCAAACGAGCGUCUGACUGCAGAGAGCACCCGCCUGGCCAACGAGAACAUUGGCCUGAAGGCCGAUGCCGGCAAGCUUCAGGAUUGCGAGUCCCAUCGAGAGCAGCUGACGUUCGAGCUGGGCGAGACUCAGCAGAAGAUCAAGGAGUUCUCGUUUAAGAUAAGCCAGCUGGAGAAGGACCUGGCAUCCGCCGAGGAAUCUAAGGCCGAGAGGAGCUCAGAUGACGAGAAGUUAAAGAAGCAGGUCCACAAGUUAACUAAGGAGGUUGCUGGGUAUCAGAAGCUGAUCACGGAGCAGCACGAGAUGGAAAGAGGUCUCAGAGAGGAACUGGAGGACAGGACGGCUGAGCUAGAACACGAGCUCUCCGAGAGGGACAGGAUGCUGGUCUUCAUUGAGAGACUACAGGAGGAGCUCAGGAAGAGGCAACUCGCCGGGAAGGAAGCAAGAGCCGAGAAAACGGAAGGGAUGAACUUCAGGGAGUUUGUGCACCUCAAGCGGGAGGUGAACCACCUCCGGGAGGAGAACGAGGAACUGCGUCUGGCUGACAGGGUCAAGCCGCUGGCCCUGCCGAGCCUGAAGGCGGCCUCGCCGGGAGGUGACGGCAACAAGGAGAGAAGAAGUAAAGGAAGCAGGCACAGCGCUACUUCCUCCAAGUCGACCAUUCUCAGCAUAGCGAACGUCAGGUAACACACGUCGGUGUGCUUAAAAAUUGAAUAGCCAUGCCGAAACGCAAAGAUAUGAGUGUAAAGAUAAUGUGAAAACUGUGUGAUACAGUCGGGAAAAGGCUUUCUUGAAUAAGCUUCCUUGAGCCGUCCAGACUUCACUGCAAUGUAUAUUUUCACUGGUCUGUUGAAGUUUUAAGCUGCAGCUCUACCUUCAAUGAGCAUAUGUUGUUUUGAACCUCCCUUUGCAACAGAUAGAGACUGCUUCAGUAUAAUAAUAAUAAUAAUAAUAAUGGCAUUUAUAUUGCGCAAAAUGCAUAAACAUAUGUUCCAAUGCGCAUUACACUACAAAUUACAUGAUGAAUAAAACCGUAUUGUUAGAAUCAAAACUACAAUACCAUACAAUUAUAAAGUAAAACCAUCAAAAUUCAUAGGGUAAACAUCUAAAUUUCUAUUGAACCAUUAAAAAUCACCGAGUGCACAAUUACACAUAAAAAGCCUUCUGAAAUGAAAAGGUCUUCACCUCGCAUUUAAAACUCCCCAGUGUUUCUUGGCAUCUAAUGUGACCAGGUAACUGAUUUCAAAGCUGAGGACCAGCCACCAUAAAUGCUCUCUCCCUGAGUUUAUUAGAAGUACAAGGGGGGACCUGUAACUUCAGCUGGCAAGAUGAUCUAAGAGAAUAUGAGGACCCACUCAACUGAAUAAAAUUACUAAUGCAAGUGGGUGAGAUCUUAUGGACAGAUUUAAAAACAAACAAGAGAAUCUUAAACCAGAUGCGAUAUUUAACUGGCAGUCAGUGUAAAUUCUGGAGG